AUGGAGCUGCCAACAUUUACAGAAGCGUUAGAGGAGACCGAACAGAUACUCCAAAAAUGCUUCGCCCAGUUUCAAACGGACGAAGUGUUCCUGUCAUUCAACGGGGGCAAAGAUUGCACUGUGCUAUUAGACGUAACGAUAAACGUUUUAAAGAAUAUGUGCAAAGCUAAAGACUUGAGCAGGGAACUCAAGGUGAUCUACAUUAGGACCAUUGAUCCAUUCAAGGAAAUAGAGGAUUUCGUUAAGGAGAUAGAAAUGCAUUACGGACUAAGACUCAUCGUGACCGAGGGAGAGUUGAAGGCAGCUCUACAGAGGAUAACAGACAGCGAUGAGAAGUUAAAAGCGUGCCUUAUGGGUACCCGUCGCACAGACCCGUACAGUGAGAAUUUGAAGUUUAUGCAAAAUACUGACGCAGACUGGCCGCAAAUAUUGAGGGUCUCGCCACUCUUAAACUGGAGCUACCAUCAGAUAUGGAGCUACAUCUUGCAAAGGAGGGUGCCGUAUUGCAGUCUGUACGACAAAGGCUACACGUCGAUCGGUAGCAGUUCGAACACGCGUCCCAACCAGGCGUUGGCAGGGUCGCUGGAGCGAGCGGGCCGCGGCAAGAUCCGCGCGGAUCUAGCCAACGGCGCGGAUCUGGCCAACGGCGCGGACCUCGCCAACGGCGCGGAUCUGACCAACGGCGCGGAUCACACCGACGGCGCGAUACGCGCAAAGACCGUCGCGUCGGACGAGAAGCGCGCGACAGAGACGGCCAUAUGCGGAAAUGAGGAUGCCAGUGAAGGAGGGACGGUCGAGACGAUCAAAGCAACACAAUCCGCAAAUACCGACGCGCAG